UGCACCUGACGGCCCCACCAGGAAGUCGGCGGUGCAAAUCCCUUUGAUGUUGAUCGCAGAGGAAGCUCCAGUUCCGAUGAUGCUUUAGCGGGUCGGGGCUCUGAGUGUGACCGAGGGGAGCGUCUGAUUCCCGGACCCAGCUCCGCCAGGCUCCGCCUGCAGCUCCGCAGGUCCGCAGGUCCGCAGGUCCUGCGGCUGCUGCCAUGGGAUGCUGCGGGAGCGCGGAGAGGACUAAGAGAGAGUGGAGACCCCUGGAGGAUCGGAGCUGCACUGACCUGCCCUGGUUCCUGCUGUUCACCGUCUUCUGCGUCGGCAUGGGCUGCAUCUGCGGCUUCACCGUGGCCACCGGAGGAGCCGCCCGGCUGAUUCUGGGCUACGACAGCUACGGAAACACCUGCAGUCGACGCAACGAGCAGAUCGAGGGAGUUCGGCUGAGCGGCCUGGACCACACCGACAGGAAGUUCGUGUUCUUCCUGGAUCCCUGCAACAUCGAUCUGGUCCAGAGGAAGAUCAGGUCUGCAGCUCUGUGCGUCUCCCAGUGCCCCCCCCAGGAACUGAAGACCUACCAGGACCUGAAGACGUUCGCCAUGGUCAACGGGUCGGAGCUCUGCUCCUACGAGUUGGCGGGUCACAAGUAUCCGGGUCAUCCGGACCGGUUCACCAGGUGUCCCAAACUACCGGUUCCCCCGAGCAAGCCGCUGCCUCUCUUCCGCCGCUGUACCCCGGUGGACGUGUCCUGCUAUGCCCGCUUCGCUGAGGCCGUCGUCACCUUCGUGGGCGACGCCAGCGUCCUGCACCGGCUUAUCGCCGGCGUCGUGGCCAGCAAGGAGAUCAUCGCCGGGCUCUGCGUGCUGGCUCUGGUCCUGUCCAUGAUCCUCAUGGUGAUCAUCCGCUACAUCUCCGCCGUGCUGGUCUGGAUCCUGACCUGCCUGGUGGUGCUGGGAUCCCUGGCGGGUACCGGCGUGCUCUGGUGGCUCUACAUCGACCACCGUCUCCAUGGAAACGCCACGGCCGCGUCGUCGCCGGCGCCGCGGGAGGCCAAGGAUCAGCCGGAGAUCGGGGAUGGCGGCCAGGCGCUGCUGGUUUACGCCGUAGCGGCCUCCGUGUUCACCGUGAUCCUGCUGCUGCUGAUGCUGUUCAUGAGGAAGCGCGUGGCUCUAACGGUGGCGUUGUUCCACGUAGCGGGGAAGGUUUUCCUGCACCUGCCGCUGCUGGCGCUGCAGCCGUUCAUCACCUUCCUGGCCCUGCUGCUGUUCUGGCUGUACUGGACCCUGGUGCUGCUGUUCCUGGGGACCACCGGGAACCCGGAGCAGAACGAGGAGACGGGUCUGAUCGAGUUCCGGCUGACGGGCCCGCUGCAGUACCUGCCCUGGUACCACUUCCUGGGCCUGGUCUGGAUCAGCGAGUUCAUCCUGGCCUGCCAGCAGAUGACGGUGGCUGGCGCCGUCGUCACCUACUACUUCACCAGGGACAAGAACCGCCUGCCGGUGACGCCGAUCCUGUCGUCGGUGCUGCGGCUGGUCCGGUACCACCUGGGAACCGUCGCUAAGGGCUCCUUCAUCAUCACGCUGGUCAAGGUCCCGCGGCUAGUGCUAAUGUACCUGCACAACCAGCUCAAAGGACGGGAGAACGUCUGUGCUCGUUGUCUGCUCAAGUCCUGCAUCUGCUGCCUGUGGUGUCUGGAGAAAUGCCUCAACUAUCUCAAUCAGAACGCGUACGCUGCCACCGCCAUCAACAGCACCAGCUUCUGCACGUCGGCACGCGACGCCUUCGUCAUCCUGGUGGAGAACGCGCUGCGUGUCGCCACCAUCAACGCCAUCGGAGACUUCGUGCUGUUCCUGGGGAAGGUGCUGAUCAUGACCAUGACGGCGUUUGCCGGCGUGCUGCUGCUCAACUCCCAGCGCGACUACGCGGAGUGGCUGCUGCCGCUAGCCAUCGUUAGCCUGUUCUCCUUCCUGGUGGCCCACUGCUUCCUGUCCGUGUUCGAGAUCGUGGUGGACGUGCUGUUCCUCUGCUUCGCCGUCGACACCAAGUACAACGACGGCUCGCCGGGACGGGAGUUCUUCAUGGACAAGGCCCUGAUGGAGUUCGUGGAGAGCAGCCGGCGGUUGGAGCGCGCGGCGGAGCGUGGGCGGAGCCGGGUGAAGGAGGCGGAGAUGAAGCCCAUGGUGAGUGAGUGCGGAGGGGGCGUGGCUAGCCCGGAGGGGGCGGGGCCGGGGGGCCAGGGCGGGGAGUGGGCGGAGCUCCAGGAGUUCCAGGUGUACUACCUGCUGGUGGGCGUCCUGGUGGACUGGGCGCUGGCGGAGCCGCGGGACUUGGUGCUGGUGCUCAGCGAGGACGUGCUGCUCUUCCUGCUCGUGUACCUGCCGGCCUCCACCCUCUUCCUGGUGGUGGCGCUGCUGCGGGCGCCAGGCCCCGCCCCCCUCGCUGCAGGCCCCGCCCCCCUCGCCAAAGCCGCCCAAGCCGCCGGCUCCGCCGCCAUCGCUAGCUGACGCAGCCGCGCCUUCGCCUUCAUCUCCAUCAUCACCAUCAUCA